UUUUCCUCUUUGUAGGUACAACAUUGUGUCAAGAGUUAGUAUGGCUCCUAAAAAACAAUCUGGAUUUUAAAAAGUCCGCAGAAAUCCACCUAGAUAGAAGAGCGCCAUUUUUUGAGUUUAACAUCAUCUGUGGUCAGAAAUUUGUUCAGGACGUAUUAGACCUAAAUAACCAUGAUCCUGCCGCCAUUAAGCACCUGAACUAUCUCGUGACUCCCAGAUACAAAACUUGGGAUGGCCUGAUUUCUCCGCGAAUCAUCAAGACGCAUUUGCCUUUCUGCCUUCUAUCACCAUCCCUGCUAAGUGCAAGCAAAGUUGUCUACGUAGCACGGAACCCGAAAGAUGUUCUCAUAUCGUAUUAUCAUUUGUGCAAACUUCUCAAGUACGAUCAUUUCAACUACCGUGGUGACCUCAAAACAUUCUGGCAAUUCUUCAAAGAAGAUCUAG